AUCGAAACUACUGAGAAAGGGAGGGCCCCUGAGUGUGUCGCUGCAUCUGGCCCACAGCUGCUCCGUCUCUGCCUCAGGAAACAUACUUGUCAAUCCUUGUCCUCUGCCAUCAGCACUUGGCUCCCCCAGCGCCAGAGAUGAUCAAGGAGGAGCACGAGGUGGCCGUGCUGGGGGCUCCCCAGAGCCAGGCCCCCGUGACCACCACGGUGAUCAACAUCCCCAGGGAGACCUCGGUGCCUGACCACAUCGUGUGGUCCCUGUUCAACACGAUCUUCAUGAACUGGUGCUGCCUGGGCUUCGUGGCAUUCGCCUACUCCGUGAAGUCUAGGGACCGGAAGAUGGUGGGCGAUGUCGUUGGGGCCCAGAGCUAUGCCUCCACCGCCAAGUGCCUGAACAUCUGGGCCCUGGUCCUGGGCAUCUUUCUGACUAUUGGAUUGAUCGUUCUUCUGGUGUUUGUUUACCUGACCGCCUACCAGAUGGCUUUACAGAUGCAGAAUAAUAGAGGUUACUAGCCGCUGGACACGGAGGCAACCCAGUUCCUCCACCAUCCACGGCCGGCCCUGCACCUGGGGCUGUGGGCCUGCCCCCUCCUUCCCCCCACCCCUUUAUACAGCAGUUUAUGGAGACAGAGCUGUCGACAGCUGAAUUCAAUAAAGUGCACUCAUCUGUGAA